AUGGCCGAUACGAAGCAGCAUCUCAAAGUUGUGCUUUUAGGCGACUCUCAUGUGGGAAAGACGUCACUCCGUACUCAGCUCGUCCAUCAUGUGUUCAGCAACGCAUACCGGGCCACCAUCGGCGGCGACUUUCUCACCACAGCACUUGAAAUUGUGGGCCCUGACGGGCCGGUCACGGCCACUCUCCAGGUGUGGGACACUGCGGGCCAGGAGCGCUUCAACUCCCUCGUGCGCGCGUUCUACCGUGGCGCGGAUGUCGCGGUCGUGGUGUUUGACCUCACAAACCCGGAAUCGUUCCAGAAUGUCGCCCGUUGGAUCGAGGGUUUCCUCGCAAAUGUCCACGUGGACCGUCCUGCGAUUGUUAUCGUGGGUAACAAGUCAGACCGCGACACAGAGCGUCGAAUCUCGACGCGCCAGGCGCGCGAGUUUGCCGCGCUCGCCAGCGUCGCGCGUGGCCAGUCCUUAGUGGACCGCGGUCUCAUUGAGGAUUUGGAUCUCGAUGUGCGCGACUGCUGUGCAAAAAACUAUGCCGAAGUGCGUGCCAUCUUCCAGCGCUGUGCUGAGUUGGGCGUGAGUAGGGCCAGCCAACCCGCCUUGGAGUUUGACUGUGUGGACAUUUCUGAGCCUGUGAGAAAUAAGGGGUGUUGCUAG